UGUGUGAGUAUGUAUUUGUCAUCAUGCAGCUUGAACGUCUCAAACUUUGCUUUCACUGACUCAGUAGACUCCAACAUUAACAAAAACUGAAAAAUUCUCCACAAAGAAUUUAUUAAAUACAUAUACAGUCAAAAUUAUAGUAAACAUAAAACCAAAGCAUUUAGUUUUGUUGUCGUUAAGCUCGGAAAAAACAAAAAAAUAACAAAACGUGCAAGAGCAAAACACAGAAAUUCAACGAUUAAACGUGCGAGCAAAGGGGAAAAAAACGGAACACGCAGAGCGAAAAAAAAAGAAACACAAGCUAACAAAGCAAACUCAUCUUGUUGUUUAUAACUAGCGGGUGCGGAGGCGAUUCCGCAUCGUUACAUAUGCAACUGUGAACAGCGCGUUUCGCUCGUUGAAUGGCUGACGCUCGCUCCCAAUUUGUUUACUGUUAUUUUUGCGUUAGUUGUUGUUGGCGUUGGUGUUGGUGUUGAGAGAUUUGGCUGUCGGGAGGGUUAAAGGGUGAAAGCUUUAACAACGACUCGCAACGGCAGCUGGUUAAAGGACAGGCGGCGACUGUCACGCAACAACAGCCGCAGCGCCCGUGCCAAACAGAAGCCGCGCCGUCCGCGUAAGCGUGUGCCACCUGUGCGCAGGCGAUUACACAUACAGCAGCUGCACUCGAAUUCCUUUGCGAUGGCUGUCAAGCAGAACCCACAGGAUCAGCAGGAGCAAGAGAUCACCGCAGCAGAAGUUGCAGCGGCAGCGGCUGCAGCAGCAACAGCGGCGUCGGCGUCGGCGGCGAAUUCAGCUGUGGGCGGUGGCCCAGCAAAUUCAACAGAUGAAGGAGGAGGUGGCUGUGGUGCUGGCGGAGUAGACGUGGCCAAUGAACUGAACGAUGAUGCGGACAGCAAGACAGAGUCCGCUGCUGGAACGGGCAAGAGCUCGUGUUCCACCGAACGGCAACUGCACGAUAUCAAUGGCCUGCUCAGUAUUAUGCAAGCCAUCAAUCCGGACGAUCAGCCGGCCACGCUAAUGAUCUACCAGCACGUCAUCUUCAAUCUGGCGCGCAUGCAGCUGAGCACCCAGCCGGAGGAUCUGAAACGCUUCAAGGAGGAGAUCACCAAGGUGGGCCAGUUCCUUGCGCUGCCCAAUAAGAAGCGCUACCUCAUGUUCUACUUGCGCAUUGUCUAUCAGCUAAUCACCCAAGCCUCCUACGAGCCCUCCUGCGCCGUGGCCAUUGUCUUUCAGCUGUUCAGCCCGAACCUGAUCAUCGAGGCGGUGCAGCUGCUGCUCGAUCUGAAUGUCCAGGAUGACAGCAUACGCAAGACGGUCGGUUUGCUCUGCAAGUGGAUCAGCUCCUGCAACUUUUGCCAGAAUCUGAAUCUGUGGAUCAUGGCCCUGCUGCAAGGGCUGCGCGAGCAGGAGAAGUACUUGCUACUGGACGAGAUCGCCCUGGACAACAUUGAGUCGCUGUUCAUACUGAUGAUCUUUCCGGCACUGCGCCUCAAGGUGGCGCCCAUCGUUUUUCACAUGCUGUCCACAAUCAAUCAGUCGCCGGAGAUCUUCUACAAGAUUCUGCCCAAGAUUCCCCUUGUCAUUGGCUGCAUGAAGGGCCAGGACGGCACGCCCAAUGACUUGCGCAGCUACAUACAGAAGCUGGUUGAUCUCACCAAUGCGCUGAUGAUGCGCUUCUACGACAACGACGAGCUCUACGCGCCCAUCAAGGCCGCCCUGCAGCUCUACGAGCCCUCGCCCAAUUGUGUGGCCUUAGCCAGGGCGCUCUUCGAGAACGCCUUGCCCCGGAAUGCGCGCGUUGGACUCGUUAAUCUGGGAAAUACUUGUUACAUGAACAGUGUGCUUCAAGCGCUCGCCAUGACCAGCGACUUCGUGCGUCAAAUCCUGCUUAUUGAGAGCGGCUCCUUGUUGCUGCUGAAGGUGCAGCAGCAGCUGGCAUUGAUGCAUCACUCGCUGCGCUACGAGCUGACGCCGAGUCGCGUCCUAAAGGCCACCAGACCGCCGGGAUUUACGCCCGGACUGCAGCAGGACAGCUCCGAGUUCCUAGGCUACUUGCUCGAUCUGCUGCAUGAGCAUGAGAUCAACAGUGGCGCGGCUCAGCACAUGGACCCGGAGCUUGGCAAGGAGACACAGGAAUCGGAGUCGACUCUGACAGCGGAAAUUGUCGCCGCCGGGGUUAUACCCUACAAUAGCAACGAUCAUGUGCACAAUCAGCGAUCCAGUGCAGCGGUUAUGCCACAGGCCACGCCCACCUCGCAGCCCAGCCAGCCGAAGAAGCCGUCGACCAUUGACAAGACCUUCGCUGGCAAAUUGUCGACGACCUACAAGUGCUUGAACUGCUCCUGGGAGAGCCGCAACGAGGACAGCUUCCGUGAGCUGCAGCUCUCCUUUCCGGACGACAAGGACGACUGCGGUGCUACCAAUUACUCCGUACAGGAUUUGAUCGACUACUACUGCUCGCCGGAGAAGCUCGACGGCGACAAUCAAUACUUUUGUCCACGCUGCAAGAAACUCUGCGAUGCCGAGCGACGCAUCGGCAUCACGCAGGCCCCACGCAAUCUCAUCUUAACGCUCAAACAAUUCAAAUACGAUCAGAAGUAUCAUUUUCGCACAAAGCUCAUGCACAAGGUGUUCCACGACGAGAGCGUGAUUGUUAAGGUCUGCGCCACCGACUCUCUCCAGGAGACGUGCACCGUGCACUAUGAUCUCUAUGCCGGAGUUGUGCACGCCGGCUACAGCAUGGACUCCGGACACUACUUCACCUUUGCCGCCGAUCAGUCCAAGAAUUGGUUCAAGUUCAACGACAGCCUGGUGACCAAUUCGAAGCCGCAGGAGAUGCACAGCCUGACCUCACCGAACACGCCCUACAUCCUCUUCUACCAGAUGUGCGGCCGGUCCACGGAGUCCUCUCCCGAUGGACCCAUGCAUCCCAUGGUGCCGGAACCGCUCGUGCCACCCCUCACGCUUGACGAGCUGCCGCGAUCCCUGCGCGACUACGUCAAACAGGACAAUCGGGAGUACAGCGAGGAGCUGAAGCUGCAGCGCUUCAAGCGUAACGCCAAACGGCAGAACGUGGCUGGCAACGGGACGAUGCAGCGCAACGGCUAUGAAGGAGAUGACGAGGAUGAUCACAUGCCGCCGCCCGCCGGUGGCUGUGGUGGCAAUGAUCUGGGCAUGAAUUUUAAUCGUUUCGUCUACUGAUUGUGGAAUACAGA